GACGUCAUUUCUACCGUAAAAAAUCAAAUAACAAACGGAGAUCAAGCCUAGGAUUUCAUGGGGGAUUUAGGCCUUCCGUUCAUGGAGCCCUCGCUAUUUUCGAUCUUUCUGAAAAUUGGGUUGCGCCCAAAUGAUCCUCUCGAUCCUCUCCCUUUCCACGCGUUACGCCGGCAGCUUGAGGAGUGCCAUCAAAAUGCAGCGUCCGAUUUCUACCGUUAUCAAGGGGCCUUUCAACUUCGUUGAGAACGCACGAUGCGAACCAGUUGACAAAUUCAACGACGUCGAUAAUCUGGAGCCAUCCUCGGGGAAGGUCUUGCAUAAGUUUGGAAGUUCCGGAGCCAACGAAGUGAACCGGGCUGUCGAGGCUGCUAAGAAUGCUUAUGAAGAAUGGAGCAAACUGACUGCUGGUGAAAGAGGUGUUUUUCUGAAGAAGGCUGCCAACAUAAUAGAGAGCAAUGUGGAAGCUAUUGCCAAGAUGGAGGUUCAAGACUCAGGAAAACCUAUUUGGGAGGCCAGGAUUGAUGUGCAGUCUGUGGCAGACACACUUAAUUAUUUUGCUUCCGUGGUCCCAGAAGCUAUGAAGGGAACCUACAGUCCUCAGCCAGGUGGCUCAUAUGCCCUUGUCCAGAGGGAGCCUGUUGGAGUCUGUGUGGGAGUGGGAGCCUGGAACUAUCCCAUCCAGACCUGUGUCUGGAAGACGGCGCCGGCUCUGGCCUGCGGUAACACGUUCGUGUACAAGCCGUCGCCGCUGACCCCGGUCACCGCCGUGGUGCUGGGAGAGGCGCUGGCCGCCGCCGGAGUUCCCUCAGGAGUCUAUGGUGUGGUCCAGGGCGAGGGGGAGACGGGCCAUCUGCUCUGCUCGCACCCCGACGUGGCCAAGGUCUCCUUCACCGGCUCCGUGCCGACCGGCAGCAAAAUCAUGACAGACGCCGCGGCAUCCAUCAAAAAGGUCACCAUGGAGCUGGGCGGUAAGUCGCCUCUCAUCAUCUUCGAGGACGCCGACAUCACCAACGCCGUCAGAGGAGCCAUGCUGGCCAACUUCCUCUCCCAGGGACAGGUCUGUAACAAUGGCACUCGGGUGUUUGUGCAAAAGUCGAUCAAAGAGAAGUUCACCGCCGCCCUGGUGGAGGCGUGUAAGAAGCUCAGAGUCGGCGACCCGAUGCUAGAUGACACCACCGUCGGCGCCACCGUCUGCAGGCAGCAGUUCGACAAGGUGCUCGGCUUCAUCGAACGCGCCAAGAAAGAGGGCGGUAAGAUUCUCUGCGGCGGUGAGCAGGUGACCCUGCCUGGCGACCUGUCGGGCGGCUGCUACCUGCAGCCCUGCAUCGUCGACUGCCCGUCGGACUCGAUGGAGCUGGUCAGAGAGGAGGUGUUCGGCGCCGUGCUCGCGCUGCUCGAGUUCUCCACAGAAGAGGAGGUGGUGCGGCGCGCCAACGACACGCGCUACGGACUCUCGGCAGGACUGUUCACGCGGGACCUGUCGCGGGCGCACCGCGUCAUGUCUCGGCUGCAGGCGGGCGCCUGCUUCAUCAACACCUACAACGUGAUGCCGGUGGGCGUGCCGUUCGGCGGCUACAAGAUGUCCGGCUUCGGCCGCGAGAACGGGGUCGAGGCCGUGGCCAGCUACACCCAGCUCAAGUCCGUGUACGUCGAGACGGGCGACGUGGACGCCGCGCCGCUCUGCGAUUAGGCGGCGCAGGGAGCUGAAAAUGUGGGCGCCGCUCUGCCAAGGAGGGGAUGCUCCAGGCCAGUGGUUACCCAUUACACUCAUCAGGGCAGUGUGCAGGGGAGGUGCAAGAAUGAUGGCUUGGGGAUUAAGAGGUGAAUGUCAUUGGAGGCAAGAUGGCAUGGCUAAUGGAGGAGAGACAUAUGAGAAGUGGUGACCGACCAGUUUCUGUGGCAGUGUGUUAUGGGGACCAGUGGGUAGAUGAAGGGGUAGUUGGCCAUAUGUUCACUGGGAUAGAUGGUGUGUAAAACCUGUGCCAUGGUGGUAUUAGUUAAAGUGGGGUGUUAGGGGCAGUGUAGUUUAUUUUGCAUUGAGUUUCUGGAAGCUAGGAUAUCAUAGCUCAAUUAGCUUAAUGCAAAUAUCUUUUUUACUCAUUUUAUUUGAGUUCAUUUUAUUGAUUUGGCAUCGCAAGCAGUGAAUAACUGCUGUAUUAUUAUGGACACACUUUCAGCAAGUGUCUUGAGCAGGCUUUGUGACCUGUAGAACUAUGAUAUGUUUUUUCACUGUUACCAAUGCCUAGCAAGUACUCUAUAGCAUGUAAUGCAUCUCUCAGGUUACUAGCUUUGCUUCUUAUUAUUUGCUUGUUUUCCAAACCUUGUGUCAUUAUCUCUAUGAUUAUUACCAUGUGCAAUGUUGGGUUGAAUUGUGCAAUAUGGUUUAUUUGCUUCAGCCUUGCCAGUGCAUCUAUCUAUACUACAGUAUAAAACAAAGGGGCGCAGAUGACAGGUGCACCUUGCUCUGCUGUUUUGCUUUUGCGCAGUGGGCCAUACUCGCAGGCUUUGUUAUACUUGUAGAGAGCAUCAGCAACUAAGCAUACUUGUCUCUAUUGUGAGAAGUGUUCAAUGUGAAAUAAUGCAUAGUGAAUGUCUCUGCUCACAAUAGCAUGCAUAAAGAAAUACAUCCUUGUUUUUCUUUCA